UGCAAAUUUGUGUCUCCUGAUCUUGAAGGACAUGGAUGUGCAUGACUUUGAUAAAGCGUUUGAAAACAUCAUUGAAGACUGUCUUCCAAACGAGACAGAGAAGGAGCUCUCUGUACCACGCCAGUGGCUUAGAAAGGUGUUAGAGUACAACGUUCCACAUGGAAAGAAGAAUCGUGGUCUUAGUGUAGCUGCAUCAUAUCGUCACUUGCUUAGGUCUGAGCGGCCUUUUACUGAUGAUGAGAUUCAUAAAUUACAAGUAUUGGGAUGGUGUGUUGAAAUGCUUCAAGCGUGGCUGCUGGUUGCUGACGACAUCAUGGAUCAGUCUCAUACAAGGCGUGGGAAACCAUGUUGGUUUAGAAAUGACGACGUUGGUCUAGUUGGUCUAAAUGAUGCUUUUCUAUUGGAAUCAUGUGUCUAUAAACUAUUGAAGAAGCAUUUUCGUCAGGAGGCUUAUUACACUAAUUUGGUGGAACUAUUUAUGGAAACAAGCCACCAGACAGAACUAGGACAAACUCUUGAUCUUCUUACAUCUCCUGAGAAUUCUGUUAAUUUGGAACAUUUCACAUUAGACAAGUAUCGUGCUAUUGUGAAGUAUAAAACAGCUUUCUAUUCUUUUUACUGUCCAGUUGCUCUUGCAAUGCAUAUGGCUGGUUUGACAAGUGAAGAUGACUUUACUCGCGCAGGAAAGAUUCUAUUGUCAAUGGGAGAGUUUUUUCAGAUCCAGGAUGAUUUCUUGGAUUGUUAUGGAGAUCCUGCUGUGACUGGCAAAAUAGGUACAGACAUAGAAGACAAUAAGUGCAGCUGGCUGGUGGUACAGGCACUUAAAAAAGUAACAGCAGAACAACGAGAGGUUUUAGAGAAAAACUAUGGCCGCAAAGAUGAAGCUUGUGUUUCUUGUGUGAAACAACUUUACAGUGAUCUAUGUCUUCAGAAAGUGUAUCAUGACUAUGAAGAGUCAAGUUAUAGUGAUUUGAUGGCCUCAAUUAAUACUGAAUGUGGAUCUUUACCAAAGGGCAUGUUUAUUGAGUUUGCCGAUCGCAUCUACAAACGAAAGAAGUGAGCUGAACACACAAGGCCUAUCUUUAUUUGAACAGUCAGUUGUAUUUACAGUUUCUCACAAUGAUUAAUUUGCGUAAUUCUGUAUGUCAGAAUAAAUGUUCUUACAGCAGACCAUGUACCAAAAUAUUGAACAGGCAGUAGAAA